AUGUCAAACAUACAGAUCUCACGGACCUUGUACCCUUCCCGCUUGAGCUGCUCCCUCCCAAAAGCGACGCUCUUCCCCGCCUUUCCGACCUCGGUCACUUCGGCAACCACAACGCCUGGCUGUGGCGGCGCAACCAAGCCCAGGCGCUGGAGAACCGAAAUCGCGUCGCCGAUUUCUUUUGCUGUAGGGAUAGUGGCUAUGGCUGCGUUUGAGAGGAGGGAGCGGGAGAGCUCGUACCUUCGUGCUAUAAGCCCGUCUACGACAAUCAGCGGCUGUCCUAUUCGGGACCAGUGGAGAUGGAAAGACGAUUCCAGGCCAGUCUCCGGAUCGAGGAAGUCGUGCCCCAAGUAUAUACGCUAUAAACAACAUCCGGCUUUCUCGACGCUGACGAGCUACUCGACCAGCGGUCGACAAGCUCGACAUCGGGGACAUUGCAUGUCAAAGUGGACGACUGCGUUCCGCUCUCUGAAGAUGUACCUGCUGAUGAACCGCUCGAGCGUAGACUCCGUGUACCGAUAUCCAGCGGAUGGACGAGGUUUACUCCCCCAGGAUAAUACGUACCUUCCCAUCCAUCGACGGCAUGAGUACAGGACACGUUACGAACAACCUCACAGCCGAGCAGCAACGGCAAUGGUAUCCUCCGCUUGCGUGACUCUACACUCCCUAUCGAGUUCCUCGUUUGCCCCGGAGCUCCCGCAUCGUUGGCCCCGUCAAAUUGCCGCCCAUUGUUAUGAUGAGCUUCUCUACGCUCUCGAAGACCUCUUCCCAGUCUUCGCUUCGGGGCAACACCGCGGCUUGCGCGGGGAUACCCCCGUGCGCGAAGGUCGCGCCAAGCGUGUACAUGCAGCUUCAUCUCCGUCACGAGCAGAGACACGCAUUUCUGGAGUGAAGCGCGGUGUGGCGGGUGUGGAUGAGCACGCACCGAGCGACCUCAGUUUCUCGCGACGUGCGGUUCUCGACGAGCACCAGUGGGGAGCCGAGCUAGUCUUUUCGGACCCCAGCGCGGGCCCGAGGCGCUGCAAGACGGAGAGCGCUUUCGCGAUUUCUUCCGCCGUUAGAGGAGGGACGUCGUGCGGCUCAGAAGGACCGGCUCCGGAGGGGGUGGACAUGUACAGAUAUUCUGUGAAAGUUGAGCUUAUUCGUGUCUGGGAAACUGGACCCAGAGUGACUUCAGAGAGAUCAUCCUUGCCUGAGCCUGAGUCUGCCAAUCAUGGAGGAAAGAGCAAAAUGCAAUGUCGAGGCCUGUUGGAGAGUGGUUAA